AUGCUGUUGAGCCACUCAACACAUUCUUCAGACACUGGCAUACGCCUGCUUAGCAAUGACUUGAUGCUACGACGAGGACCUCUCAAUGAGAACAAACUCACAGAUGAGGAAUCCGAUGAGGGCGUCGACCUGCAUCAGUUCGGGGGACGUGUCAUCCCUCCUGCGGAGCCAUGGCCAUCCUCGUACAUUGCCUGUAGUGGAUACGUGGGUCUGAUGGAAGAGAUGCCACGCUGCAUCCCCAACUCAUCCUUCUCAACCCUGGCAGGCACGCUUGAGCUGAUCCAGGAGUUCCCUCAGCUCAUCCACACCCUGCACUUCUCCUUGCUGAUAGUGGCGGUCGACCCAAUCCGAGGCCCGUGGCACGAGCUGGCGAGAGAGAACAUGGAGGCACCACGCGAAUCCGGUGGAGAACCCCAUAGUCCUUCGGAAGGUCCUGAACGGCGGCACCUGGGGAGGAAGAAGAAACCGCGUGAAAGCGCAAGAGUGCCGACCCUCACGUCUGCGACGAGUACGGCAUGUGGCUGUUGUGCCUGUCUGACAUGGCCCAUCACAAGGCUGGUCACGACCACGGAAAACUCGCAAAGUUCAAAUACGACAAGUGUGGUGCCCCCUUUUUCUGGAAGGAUACAGUCCACCAUCACAAGAAAGAGCACUGCAAGUACAGGCAUAGGUUCAACAGCGACGAGCAUGAUGGCAAUGGCGGUCGCUCACAGAACUGGAGACACGACGGUCAAGGGGGCAGAGAAGGGGGCAUGGGGCCCAUGGGAGGUUGCAUGCUCAGCUAGCAGGGGUGAAGGGAUCCAUGGUCGACGUUGA